CUGCUGCUGCCGCCCAUGGCCGACCCCUCCCACUCCUCCCCCACGGCGGCGGCCGCCGGGGACUCCCUCCUCGCGCCUCCGCCGGCCUCGGACGCGCCGGAGGCGGCCGCCCUCCCCGCCGCGGGCCCCGAUCUGGAUGCGGAGUUCGGGUUCCAGCGCCCCGAGCUCGGCAAGGAGAAGCUCGCCGGCACGGUCGGCUUCCACCAGCGCCACGUCUUCCUCUGCUACAAGAGCCCCGCCGAGUGGCCCUCCCACGUCGAGGCCACCGACUCCGACCGCCUCCCCCGCAUCCUCGCCGCCGCCAUCAAGGCCCGCAAGUCCAACCUCAACAAGAGCACCAAGCUGACCAUUUGUGAAGGAGAAGAUGGCACUGAGUCAUCCCUUGGAGACGUGCUGAUCUUUCCUGAUAUGAUCCGAUACAGAGGGCUGACCCACUUUGAUGUCGACAACUUUGUUGAAGAAGUACUCGUGAAAGAUGUUGAAUGGCUUCCUGGAUCUCCUGAGGCUAUAAAAGGUUCCUAUGUUUUUGUCUGCGCCCAUGGAAGCAGGGAUAAAAGGUGUGGUGUUUGUGGUCCUGCUUUGAUUACAAGGUUCAAGGAGGAGAUUGAAGCCCAAGGUCUGGAUGGCCAGGUGGCUGUUAGUGCAUGCUCACAUGUGGGAGGUCACAAGUAUGCAGGAAAUGUCAUCAUAUUCAGUUCAGAUGCCAAGGGAGAAGUGACAGGUCAUUGGUAUGGUUAUGUUGCUCCUGAUGACGUGCCUGUGCUGCUGCAUAAACAUAUUGGACAAGGAGAGAUCGUGGACCAUCUAUGGAGGGGUCAGUUGGGUAUGACUGAAGAGCAACAGAAGAAAGCUUUGGAGCUGAAGCACAUGACGAAUGGAGUGACUGGAGAAGAAUCAAGCGCCAAGGAAGCAAAUGGAACCAACGGUGCCGCUUGCAGCCCUGCACCUGCAGGUGGAUGCUGCCAGGGCAAUGGAGGAGGCUUUACCUGCUGCCAAAGUGAUCAGCCAGAAGAAAAACAGGACAAGAGUGUUCCAGCUGAGGAGAACCACAAGAGCUCUACGACAGAGACCGACAAAGAAAGCGGCAAGAAGGGGCACAUGAAGAUUUGCCAGAUGCCCAACUGGUUCGAGACCUGGGAGGCCAAGGACACCUACGCCACUCUCGCUGUUGUUGCAGCUGCUGCUACCGUGUUCGUCGCUUUCAGGAUCUACAAGAACGCGAACUGAAGCCCAGGAAGGAAUCUCAAAACAAGGCCAGGUUUUGUUUCCCGCAGUAAAACAGUCUGAUUUGAGAAUAAUAUACUACUUGUGCAUAGUAAUGCAAGGAUUAGAACUUAAGAAGUAGCGGGUAUGGAGAUGGUGAUGAAAAUCUGUUUUGCCUAAUGUCCUCAUGUGGAACUCCUAAGUUUGAAAGUUUUCCACGCCUUGGCUGUAUGUGUUCGUAAGCAAGGAUAUGGCCCUGGUGUUAUACGUGAUGAACUUCUGCUGGACCAUGUGGAUUUUUUUCACUAGGAAUACAGCAUUUCUGGUAUUUGCAAA